GUGUGUGGGUCAGUGUGUUCCAGAACCAUGUCCAAGUCUUUGAAGAAGAUCGUGGAGGAGAGUCGGGAGAAGAACCUUCCAGAGGUGGAGAUGUGCGACCGCAGCAUUUCCAACAUGCUGGACGUCCCGGGACUGUUCACUCUGUCCAACAUCACCCAGCUGGUCCUCAGCCACAACAAGCUCACAGCUGUGCCUGCGAACAUCUCUGAGCUGAAGAACCUGGAAGUUCUCAACAUGUUCAACAACCAGAUUGAGGAGCUGCCUACUCAGAUAAGCAGUCUUCAGAAGCUGAAGCACCUUAACCUCGGGAUGAACCGUCUGAGCAGCUUGCCCAGAGGAUUUGGGUCGCUGCCAGCUCUGGAGGUGCUGGACCUUACCUACAACAACCUGACCCAGAACUCCCUGCCUGGGAACUUCUUCUACCUCACGACUCUUCGAGCUCUUUAUUUGAGUGACAACGAUUUCGAGGUGCUUCCUGCUGACAUCGGGAAGCUGACCAAGCUUCAAAUAUUGAGUCUGAGAGAUAACGAUCUGAUCUCGCUGCCGAAGGAGAUCGGGGAGUUGGCUCAACUCAAAGAGCUUCACAUCCAGGGCAACAGACUGACCGUUCUGCCUCCUGAACUGGGUAAUCUGGACCUGACUGGCCCUAAACAGGUGUUCAAAGCUGAGAACAAUCCGUGGGUCACUCCCAUCGCAGACCAGUUCCAGCUCGGAGUUUCCCAUGUUUUUGAAUAUGUUCGCUCAGAGACCUAUAAAUAUCUCUACGGCAGACACAUGCAGGCCAACCCAGAACCUCCCAAGAAGAGCAACGAUAAGAGCAAGAAGAUCAGCCGCAAGCCGCUGGCUGCAAAGAACAAGUGAAGAGGAAGCAGGAGAUAGAACCACAAGUGCUUCACGCCGAGCUCACUGCUUCUGCCUUCUUCUGUUUAUCAAAACAUUUUAUAUUAUAUUGAAAUAUGCAAACAUGUGUUUCUGCGUCUGUCGGUUUCCGUUUGCUUGAAUUCAGCCCUCGUGGUUUUAUUCUUUUUUACGUUUUAUUGUAUUAUUUUUAUCUUUACUAAGCAUUUGAGUCUUUGUAUGUAACGGCGUGUCCUCUUACCGGCCUGAGCACAGAGGAAGCUGUUGGGAACAUUUACAUACCGACCAGAUCCGGUGUCACACAAGUUGCUUCAUAUGGUGGUGGCCCCAGACAAGCGUCCUGUAGCUUCACGUUUUAAAGACAGUAGUGUAGAGGAGUCACAGUUACUCUGCCCUGUGUGGAAGGCCAGCAUGGACCCAGGUGGGUCUGGCUUCUCUGGAGACAGAUACUGUAAAGGAGCCACAUGUCAGUACUUCAGUUUAAACCCUCGUCUGGAGCUCAGACACUAAGGUUAGAAAAAACACCAUGUUUGUGUUGUUAUCCAGUGAAAACACACUGCAGUGUGCUGAAGCCGAGCCGGCUCCAUGUUAACAUCACACACAGCAGAACCUCUUCAUGGAGAACGAACUCUAGCGUCCACGUGGCGUAAAUCAUAGCAAAGCAUCCUACAUGACACAUAACUCACCCCGUCUCUCCUUCAUUUGCCACUAAGAGCUGUUCUGUACGUACCACCAACAAACACCAGCUACAUGGAGGUCUACCACCAGGAACAGGCUCCAGGGCACUAGGGGGCGCCACGGUGGCGACUCUUCGCUGUCCAAAUGGAGUCUUCUGAACAUCUAUCUCAGACACCAAAGCGAGUGUUUAUGCAGCCGGCUGUGACACCUGCAUUCAUUCCACUGAUGGAGAGCAGUUUAAGCCGUACGCUGCUCUCCAGUCUGAACCUCUGAGUGCCUUCACGUCUCCUUCAGACAUCUCCAGGCUUCACUCUGCAGUCAGUGCAUUUCAGCAUGUUGCAAAAAUAAUGAAUGUAAUCCAUUUUUUAAAUUUGUUUAGAUUUUAUUGCAGGUCAAAAACGUAGAAAACGAUGUGUGGUCUUUGUAAUGAACGUGUCCAAUAAAUCCGCCCUGAGGUGUUACCUGCAGAUCAGCAGCCUCCAGAACCACCUUCUAGCCUGUCCUGGUCUCAUGCGUCCUGUUCGGUUAAAGCGAUGCCGUGUUAAAAGUGUGACGUAAAUGUAAAGGUGUGAGCGAGCUGAAGGAAGGUGAACAGCUCAGGAACGAUGCUGCCACCAGAUUAACAGGAAGGAGUGCAUCAUGUCUACAGAGGGCUUGACCCACAGACCUGCAGCCUGGGCCCGGCUGGAUCUGGAUCAGAAUGAUCAGAGUGGUACUGUUCAGCAUCAUGCAGUACAUCUUCGUUUAGUGUUUGUUGUUUCAUCCUGGAGUUGAUCACCUGAUCCAGACACUUUUCUUAAAGCAACUGGACUGUAUUUCCCUGUUUGUACUCAUGUAGAAGAAAUAAAGUAGGAACCAGAACCGCA